CUGUAGUGCAUGUGACUUUACAUUAUGAAUGGUGGAGGCACCCAAAGCAAAGAAGCAGACGAAGGAACCAACCAACCUAAUAUAAAAGCCGAUAUCUUCAAGUUCAACUCACUCGUGCAGUAUCGUAUCCUCCUCCAGUUGAAAAAUAAAAAUAUAAUAUUUGAUGGAAAAAAUUUAUUGUUGAUAAUAAUGAUAGCGUAUUCAUUAAUGGCUGUUUCCCUGUCUUAUUUAUCCGACUCCGACUCCCUCGUUUCCACCGCCAUUUAUUAAUCCCUAAAGGACAAAAGAGAACAAACAAAAACAUUGGAUGGCAACGACAACUAGAACAACUUUCCUCAAACGACGCAGCAUCUCCGCUUCCGCCGAAUCUCCCUCCAGCUACAGGAUCCGCUUCUCUCCGAUAAUGGACUCCAACGAGUCCUUCCCUUCCAGCUUCUCCAAGUUUAACUCCGCCCUCACCGCGGGCCUCUUAAACCCAAUGUCCCCCCCUCCCGACAAGACCCGAUCCAGCCCAACCCUCUUCGAAAUGAUGGCUAGCGAGCCCGACGUCCACCACCGCCCCACCACCCACAUCCCAAACCCCACCACUACCAACGCUAACCACAAGCCCCAGAUUCUUGAUCGCCAGGCCCUCAUGAUGCAGCGUAUUUCCGAGCUCCUUGGUUCUCGCAGCCCCGGGAACCAGUUCAACGACCCCCUUUCCAGCGACAUCAAGCUCACUCUCAGCUCCAAAGACGGUAUCAGUGUUUCCAUGAACGUUCAUCGCCAAAUCCUCGUUGCUCACAGUAGGUUCUUCUCUGUCAAGCUCUCCGAUCGCUGGACCAACCUGCAGCAGCAGCGCUCCCCGGUUCCCUACGAAGUUGAAAUCGCCGAUUGCGACGAUGUUGAGGUUUACAUUGAGACUUUGAGGUUGAUGUAUUGUAAGGAUCUUAGGAAGAAGCUCAUGAGGGAGGAUGUCUCCAGAGUUCUCGGUAUCUUAAAGGUUUCAGCUGCGAUUGGGUUUGAUGCUGGGGUUUUGUCUUGUUUGGAGUACUUGGAAGCCGCCCCGUGGGCGGAGGAUGAGGAGGAGAAGGUGGCGUCACUGCUGUCUGAGCUUCGUCUUGAAGCAGUUGGAGCUGGGGAGGUUUUGAAGAGGGUUUCCACUGAUGUUGUCAGUGGAAAUGAAGAGGGGAGUGAUAACGAGGAGGUUCUUCUUAAGCUUAUUCGUGUGGUUCUUGAAGGGAAGGAUGAGAAAGCCAGGCGCGAGAUGAAAGGGUUAGUGUCGAAGAUGCUGCGUGAGAAUGCUUCGCAGAAUGAUCUUCGGAAGGAGUCGUUGUACUUGGCGUGUGACGAUUGUCUGCAGUUACUUCGUCACCAUUUUUUGCAGGCUGCGGCUUUGGACAUGCAGGAUGUGAGUCAAAUUGCAAGACAAGCAGAUAAUUUGCAUUGGAUUUUGGAUAUUUUAGUUGACAGACAGAUUGCCGAGGAUUUCCUCAAGACAUGGGCAUCUCAGUCAGAUUUAGCUGAAGUUCAUUCUAAAGUGCCGGCAGUUCACAGGUUUGAGGUUAGCAGAGUUACGGCAAGGUUGUUUGUUGGGAUUGGGAAAGGACAAUUGUUGGCUUCUAAAGAUGUCAGGUGUUUGCUUCUAAAAACUUGGCUGGUGCCCUUUUAUGAUGACUUUGGUUGGAUGAGGAGGGCAUCCAAGGGGCUUGAUAGGCACCUAAUUGAGGAUGGUCUUAGUAACACGAUUCUAACUCUUCCACUCUCCUGGCAACAGGAUAUUUUGCUUGCUUGGUUUAAUCGUUUCUUGAAUUCUGGUGAAGAUUGCCCAAAUAUUCAAAGAGGGUUUGAAGUUUGGUGGAGAAGGGCUUUCUGGAAGAGGAAUGGAGAGCAAGAACGGACAAGACAGUUACGAAUUACAACUACAUCAGUCGAGAACCCUUGAGGAUAGAUUGUUCCACUGUGGAGGAAUUGGCAGCAAAUUACUGGUUUCAUUGACGAAAUAUAAAAGUUUCUGACCGUUCAAUGCAAACUCCUGGGCAAGACUAAAAGGUAGUUUGAAUGCUGUGAAAGUAUGGUUGGCCUUCAAUUUUCCAAGUUCCUAAGAUGAGCCAAAAUUUUCAAGUUCAGCAACUCGUGGUAGGUUAAGUUCUUCCAUUGAGUUCAUGGAAGGUUCAACAUAAGGCUAAUUUCUUUUAUGUAGAGCAUCGAAUAGCUUUGGAUGCAAGGCAGAUGAUGAAGACGAGGAUGAAUAUACUUAAAUAUCUUUCUUGCAAAUUAGUUUAUGUUGAUUAUUGAGUAUUGAAUAUAUUCAAUCGGUUGUGUUAUAUGGGAAUAACUUCGAUGGAGGUUUAACUGUGGGAAUAUAAUUUGUUUCUUUACUGAGGA